GAAGCUUCUUUGUUGGUCUUGUUUCUUUGCUUCUUUAUGCAUGCAUCAUAUUCUGCUCUUCCAAUUCCCACUCACAAUAAAUUUCUCCCUCAAAAAAAGAAUAUAGAGGAGAAGUUGAAAAAUGGAAGGGAGACAUUUGAGCACAAGUUGAUUAAAGAGGAAAUUUGCAAGAAAAAUAAUGCCAUUAAAGGAGUAAGUAGCAGAGCAGAUUGUAAAUCUUCUCUUCACAAGGCCUUGCUGCAAUUCACAAAAUCAGAGGAUACAAGAUGGAGACAUCGUAAGGUAAUAGAAAUGGAUUUACAGCAUUCACAACAUGUAUCAGAGAAGGAUUAUGAUCCACCCCAUCGAAAAUCACCUAUUCACAACAAAUAGUGUAUGCUAAUAUAUAUACGGUUAAUAUUUUAAUCAUCGUCUACUUUUAAGAUAAUAUUAUAGUACUAUUUAGAAAUUUAUA